AUGAGGGAUUCUAAUCAUAAAUCUAUUCUUACGAAUAGACCCGUCGUGACUAUCACGUCCACCGUUUAUGACCGAAGAGCUUUAGAUAUAAAUUCCGAUAUACCACUGAUAAAUUCACUGAACCAUUUAACUUAUCUUACAUCUAAUUCUGGGAAGGUCAGAGAAACUGUGGCAGGAGACGGAGCUCUGGAGAGGCUCGUUGCGAUACUACAUGAUUGUUAUAUACCACUUUUUGUUUUAGUGGGAUUUGAUUUGAAGCAUGUUAGCAAACAUAAGAGGGCGCAAAACAUAUGGAAACAGAAGAAUAGGGCCAUGUGCGCGUGGAAAUGGACUUUGGCAUUUCAAUGCUUGGUUCUUACAGGUACCAGAGGUACUGAACAGAUAAGGAAGAAAGUAGUGUUGUCGGGAGUCAUACCUGUAUUGGCAACAGUGCUCGAUAACUAUUUGAUAUACCAUAAGAAUUACGAUCAUCUAAGGGGAACCGCCAUUGAAGUAUCUCUAAAGCCCCUGGAGAGUGAAGAGAGCUACUUAUUAUUACGAAAGGAUGAAAAUGAGACUUAUGAACAAUACAUCGCAUAUCUCAGUGGAGUAACACUUUCACAUGGUGAGAAUUUUGUUAGUGAAGAGAUGUUACGGCCAAACACUACUAUACCUUCAGACUUUGCCGACAUAUGGUCCACCAGCACAACAGAGGUGGAGAAAGAGGUCAAUCUCGAGACCCGGGUAGACGAAAAAGAUGUAGGGGACAGAGAACAUAUUGUUGACAGUUUUGCCACAGAUGAUGACCAAACCUUCAACAUAUCAAUUCCUCGUGAAUUCUUUCUCGGAAAAAUCGUUCCAAAGCAGGACGAUGUCAUAUGGUCUUUGCAACUCCUAGCAUUUAUCUCCAAAUACACCUACAUGAAACAACAACUACAAAACGUUGAAUUAGUUGAGUCUUUAUCAUUCAGAUCGAUUCUCAGUAGGGUCAGAAAAAGGGUCAAAUCGGAAUUCAGCAGCAAUCAUUCAUCAAAUGAGUGCUCUACCAUCUCAACAGCUGAUACGACCAUGGAGGAUGCCUAUCCUGAAGAACCCAAAGCGAAAGGCGAUGCAUUCUUAGUUGAGUUACAGAAUUUGGUCGAAAGUUGCAAACAGACGGACUUGCCAACAGAGGACGAGGGCCAUAUCCAGAAUUAUAGACAUUUUAAUUUUAGCAUUUCACAAGAGCAUAAACAAUCAAGAAUUGUCCAGGAGAGACAACUAGUGGAGAAUUUCAAGGAAAAAUGGGAUUAUAGCGAAUUAGCUACCGAUUUAGACGACGAGACGUGGUCAUUCAUCAAUUCCAAAGAGCGCGUAGACCUAUUCCCGCUGGUCGAACGAUGCACAGUCAAUCAUGAAAACCCUCAUGAUAUGGUCUAUUGGAGUUCUGUUAUCAUGAGAAAUUCGUGUCGGAAAAAUGAAGUAACUGGGGUUAGACAGUGUGCUAAUUUUUCAUGCGGGAAAUGGGAAGACUACCCACGACAGUUUGCAAAAUGUCGACGUUGCAAGCGUACCAAGUAUUGCUCCAGGGAUUGCCAAUUGAACGCCUGGACGUAUCACAGAUAUUGGUGUCACGAAGUAGGGUCAAGUAUGAGCACAACUGCGAAUACCACUGGCGCAAACACACCAAGCGCUACCUAUUCCUCACAUCAUCCUACAGGCCAGGCCCAUGGCACUACUGUAAAUUUCAACACAAAUGCCAACGCUACGGAGGAAGUGACAGGAAUCGGUCUAGGGGUAACUCUCCCCACUACCGAUACGGAUCUUAAUGUCGGCACUAAUAAUACGGCGGCAGCUACAGAAAGUGCUAACAAUACUGACAGGUUGAGUAUCGUAGAAGGAGCCAACGUCAUCGGAAGACCCCAGCGUAUAAUCAACGAGGCAAUCGAGCAAAGAAACGGAAUGAUGCUCACAGAUGAAACUGGGAAUGAUAGCUUAGCAUGA